AUGACGGUCGAGGCUAUAGAGAAGCCCAAGAAGUCGCGCACCGCGUCUCCCGAGACCACAGGGGACGGCUUUGUCCGCCUGCACAUCACCCCGUUCGACCCCGAACUGCUCAAGAUUGUCGUACCAUCUACCGCUCUCCCUAACGUCCGCAAUAUCUCAUACCAUUCGAUCGAAACGUUUCCCGAAAGGCGAUUUGGGUUUAUUGAGCUGCCUCAGAUGGAUGCCGACAAAAUCAAGAAGAAACUCAAUGGCAUGGUGCUGAAGGGAAGCAAGAUGCGCAUCGAAAAAGCCCGUCCCGAGAAGCGCGUCCAGGCAGAAUCGACAGACGAUGCCGGGAAGAGCGACAAAACUUCAAAAGCCAGGAAGGGUGAUGACAGUUCUGAACGACCAAAGAAGCGCAAGCGUGAAAUGGGUGUUGUUGAUGGCGUUUUGCUUGACGAUCGCAAGGUCAAACGUGGGUGGACAGAACCUGCCGACCAUAAAAACAAAAACAAGAGCAAGGACAACGCUCAAGAUUCUAAGAAAGCCGGAAAAGAUAUCAAACGAAAGCAGUCGAGAUCGAAAUAUAUCGAGAAGGAAGAGUGUCUCCUCAAGACUAGAAUGCCUCCAAAUGAAAUGCGAAAUCUUCCCGAAGAAGAUACCAACGCCAAGAAGAAGAAGAAGAAAUCAUCUACUAGACAAGUUACGGUUCACGAAUUCGAAAAGACGACAAAGUUCAUGAGCUUCCUUCGGUCGGCUGCUCCAGAAACCCAAAGCAAGGCCGCAACCGAAUUCAUUGAAGGCAAGGGCUGGGUAGAUGAGGAUGGCAAUGUCGUGGAAGUUGUUAAAGAGAAGGAACCACGCAAGCCGCAGUCCAAGAAGACAAAGAAACCGCAAACACCGCCUGUUGAGCCCGAAUCUGAGAGCGAGACAACGAGUGAAAGCGAGACGUCGUCCGACGACAGUUCGUCAGAGGAGGAGUCCGAAGACGAGCCAAUUGAGCAGAUGGAGAAACAAAAAAUGAAGAUGCUUUCGGAUAACAAGACCAAAAGCUCCGACAGCGAUCCAUCCGAUUCAGACAGCGACAGCUCGGACGAGUCAGAUGAUGAAUCCGAAACGCCCGUACCUGAGGUGAGCGGCAGCGCCACCUCGAAGCCCUUGAAGAUCGAUAUCCCGCGCCAUCCCACAACACCCAAGGCUGUUCACCCGCUGGAAGCACUCUAUAAGCCGCCCAAGCCCGAUGAAAACGGGACCAAGACGCCUGGUGUGGAGAAGACAGGCGGCUUCAGCUUCUUUGAUGCGGAUGGCAACGGGGACGAGGAAGAUGACGAUACGCCGACCAACGGCGGGGUUCCCUCCAUGCCCAUGACGCCCUACACGAAACAAGACUUUGAAUGGCGCAACGUGCGUAGCGCGGCACCGACCCCAGACACUGUCCACCCCGCGCGCAUGCGCAGCUUCUUCCCGGCGGACGACGACGAGAUGGCGGACGCUGGCCAGGAAGAGGAGGGCGGCUACGAGGAGGAAGAAGAAGGCGUCUAUGACGAUGAAGCUGCCGGUGCGACUUCUGGGCAGCAAGCGACGAGUGACUUCCAAAAGUGGUUCUGGGAGAACAGGCGUGAUCUCAACCGGUCCUGGAUGUCGCGGCGAAAGACGGCGGCCAAGGAGAAGCGGCACCGGGAGAACAAGGCGCGGGCCUCGAAGGCAGCAUAA